UUUUUGAAUUUUUUUUUCGUCUUCUUUAUUCCUCAUCUCCUAGCUCACUCUUUGUAUUUGCUGACUGACCAUGUCCUUGCGUGGACUAAAGCGCUACGUCGAUCUGCGACGGCGCAAACAGUCCGGCGCCGCGCCCGUCUCGUCCUCCUCUGCGUCGUCGUCGUCCUCGCUCGCAAGCGGCGGCAGCAGCAGCGGCUCAGUCGGAUCUGCGCUCUCCUUCCUCAGCACGGCAUCGUCCGCCACAGACUCGGACGACCUGCUUGCAGACGACUUUCAGCACCUGGAUAUCUCGUCGCGGCGGCUGCUCUCCUCGCUUCAGGAGUACACGACGCUGCUGAGCCAGCUCGCCACCUGCCAAACAAGGCUCGGCGCAGAGUUUGUCGAAUUGUUUGCAGACACGCCAUUGUGGGAAUUUAGCGUGCGCAAUCGGGAAGUCCUCGACACGAUUGGCAACCAAACAGCUCAGCUUGCCAUGCAUGUUCGUGAGAAGGUCGUCGAGCCAUUCAAUCACCUCACUUCCGCAUUUCCAGGAGUGAAAGAGGCCUUGGAAGAACGGCAAAAGCUUGUGGCGGCGUUUGAGAAGGCGCGCGACCGCUUUUUGCGCCACCGAGCCGCUCAGCAGACAGUCGCCUCCAUCCAGACUGGAAUUCUGAGCGGCAGCACUGCCAUUUUGACCGCUUCGCCGCCGUCGACGAUUAUGACGGGUGGAGUGUCAACCACUUUGACGACUACCAAUUCUUCUUCCUCCUUUGCGCCUGGAGCUGCUGGCGCUGCUGCCCAGUCACCCGCCCCUUCACAGCCAGGCCAUUUGCAGCAACAACCACAGCUGCAACCAAUGCAGCAACAGCAGCUCUCCGACGACGAAGUGAUCAACUCGCUCACCGCGGCGAAUGCAGCCACUCCCGAAGAAAUCAAGCUCGUCAGUACGCGCGAUGCUCUGGCCAACGCGACUCAGCGCACCAUGGCGCAGUUGGAAGUCGUGCUCGACCGCCGGCUCGACACGUUUGCUCCGUGCGGUGUGCUGUUUGCCCAGUCCACGGCGCAGUACUACCAGACCUCGUCACAGUGCAUCAACAACUUUACGUCGCACUAUGUCAACAAUGCACUUCACGACGCCAUCAACGAUGCCCUGUCUUUGGCAACGACGGGUCCACAGCCAGCGGCACAGCCACAGCUGAGUGUGCCUACGGGCGUUCUGUCUCGCGUGCUGCCGCAAAUGACCAUCACACCAGCCAUGACAAUGCUUCCGCCGUCCUUCUCCACCCACCGCGCGACGCUGACCUGGCUGGCGGCCAGCCAUGCCAACCAAGAGCUGCGCUCCUUCUCGCACAUCUCGCGGGAGGAGGUCCACGAUUUGGCCACGACCUCGCGCGCCUCCAUGAUUGACCUCGAAUCGGUGAAUGGGCGCAUCGACGCAGAGCUUACCCGUUACCUGCAUGAGUUUUCCCGAGCGCCCGUUGGCAGCAUCACCAUCUACAAUGGUUUUCAUCGCAAUCCCAAGGGCAUCCAGCUUGCGCUCCGCGACUGCUGCACUGCUGUCGAAGCAGAGGGUGCGGGCACCGCCGUUGGCCUCGAAUUGGAUGCCAACGAGUCCUCUCGGCGAUUUUCGUCGCAACUGGUUGUCGUGGAUGAGCCCCUGGCGGGCAGUCCUGCGAGCGCGGAAGCCUCCGUCAAUCAGCAACGCGAGAACGCCCAAGAGCAACUCGAGCGUGAUGUCGCGCGGCUUGGUUACAUCGUUGGACCGAUGGUGCUCGAGGCGACGACAGAUGGCAACAAUCGGCAAAACUUUGAGGAAAAGAUGCACGCCAUCCGCUCUCUCCUCUGCCAGCAAAACCCAACCCUCGCUUCGUUGGUUUCGUCCGCUGACCUGGACAUUUUCUUGCGUCGAGUCAUGCUCGAGAGCAGUGCUACAGUUUCAAACUAUGCCGCCAAGACUGCUGUGCAGCUCUUGUUUGGCAAAGCUCAUUUGGUACUCGUCAAGCCGAGCAAUGAUUCCGAGGACAUUCAUCCUGUGUGCGUCGACGUUGCCGGCUCGACCCUCAAAAUGCAUUGCCCUUCCACUUGGUACAUUGUGGAAGACUUGCCAUCACUCUCGCUCCUGUCGCGCAAUUUCGACCCAGACGACGCACUUGGCAUUGUGGACGCAGUUUAUAUUGCAACGUGCGACGUGUUUGACUUUGUCGACAAUGAUUAUUCGGCCACCAAAAGCUUCCCGCUGCCUCAAAUCGUGGUUUCGCGUCGCUCGUCGGGCGUCGACGCGACCCCGCCUCUGCAGCCGACGUCCGGGUCUGGCUCGACCUUGACGUCUCGGCCCUCGCUUUCACGCAAGGUGGACCGCAUUCUGGCGAGUGCAAAAAAGCUGGGCCGGUCGACUGCCGCGCGCAUCAACUCGAGCACGGGAAGCGGCUCUGCCUCUCCAUCUGUAGCAUCGCCUCAUUCCUCUGCCUUCCUCACGUCCACGUCAGCCGCAUCGGAUGACGCGACCUCGGCAACCAUGACUCCCACGACGACUGCGCCGGCAACACCAAUGUCGGUGCCAGUGGUGGACUUGCUCGCUGGCGACAACCCACUGGUCGAUGUCAGUCCCACCGCGGUGCCGCCGCUCCGGCCCCUGCCGCCCCGUGCCGAGGCAUUCUCUGCAAAACCAUGGCUUCCUCCGCCAAAGCCCCCGCGCACGGCCGCCAAAGCCGAAGUGUCCAAGGUGGUUGAUUUUUUAUGUGAUACGGACCAGUCGCUGCUCCAGCCCGCGCGACCCGUGAGAACGUCCGUAAACAUGAGGCUAUCGCAAGACAGCUCCCUGAGUGCAGAAGAUUUGACAUCGAUUCUGGAUGCCCCGAUCCCUGAACUCGAACCUCCAGGGAGCGUCGGAUCAAGUCGACGUGGAAGUUCGAAAAACCUGUGGGACGUACAGUGGGAAAUUAUGAAUCGUGCCGAUUUGCAAAACCGCACGUCCAAUCCGGUGUCGCCACCCGCCUCUUCCCACUCGCGAGGCUCUCUCCCGUUCCGUACUUCUUUGCCAGCACAGCCAGCCGAGGCUGCUUUGCCAAGCUCGUUGCGAAAGCAGUCCGCGUCCAUUGAGUCCUUUUCGAACGCCGCUCUGGUUGGAUCUCCGCCUAAAGUUCCAGCGAGCGGCUUGCGUCACAGUGCAGACAGUCCUGCUCAAGUCAGCAUCCCACCACCGGCAGUGCUUUUGCCAACCCCGGUCCCAGCCCCAGUAUCAGCAGCAGCCCCAGCGCCUACCGCUCUUAGCGACGACGAUGCUUGGGAGGCUGAAUGGAACCGGCAGCAGACCCAAUUGAUGUAGAGGCGUCGUCUUUUGGCUGAUUAGCUUUUUGUGUUUUUAGUACAUUUAGAACGAAAACAAGGGGUG